UUUAGCAUCAAAGUUUCUCCACCUCUAGUAGCGUUUAUUUCGUGCGUGCAUUUUUUGCAAAUUGCAAUAAAAAAACACCUUUUUCUUCUGCUUAAAAAUGAAAAUGGACGUAGAUAACAAACCUGGCGAUGCUGGUGUUGAGCUAACCGAAGCGGAAAACGAACUCUACGAUCGACAGAUUCGACUUUGGGGCCUCGAGUCACAGAAACGACUUCGCACAGCAAACAUAUUAAUUUCGGGGCUGAAUGGACUCGGUGCCGAGAUUACCAAGAACAUAAUUUUGUCGGGCGUUAAUCUGGUGAAAUUGCAUGACGAUCAACUGGUCAGCGAGGCAGACUUUUGCUCACAAUUUCUGGCACCGCGCGAAUCCUUGGGCAGCAAUCGUGCCGAGGCUUCGUUGACACGAGCUCGCGCUCUCAAUCCGAUGGUGGAUAUAUCUGCCGACACGGAGCCGCUGAAGGCGAAGACCGCGGACUUCUUUCGCCAGUUCGAUGUGGUGGUCAUCAAUGGACAAAGCAACGAGGAAUUGUUGCGCAUCGAUGGAAUUUGUCGUGAAUUGGGCGUUCGAUUCUAUGCCACCGAUGUGUGGGGCAUGUUUGGCUUCUACUUUGCCAGUCUGCAAAAGCAUUCCUAUGUGGAGGACACCUUCAAAUAUAAACUCAUUUCGAAGCCAAACGAGAAGCAAAAGUUUGAAACUGUUGCGACGCCAGUACAACGUGAAGUCGAAUAUCCCGGUUACUCCUCGUGGAUCGAUUUUGAUUUGAAUGCUGCCACUUAUCAGCGCAAAUUGAAGAAGGAUGGUCCUGGCAUCAUUUUGCUGCGUGUGCUGCAAUCAUUCCGCAGUCAGCAUAACCGGGAUCCCAGCUACAAGACCAGAGAUGCAGACAUUGAAUUGCUGCAGAAGAUUCGUGAUGAACUGGCCCCCAACUCAGCGCUCUCCACCGAUGCACUUGGUUUGCUCUUUGCACAGAUUUCACCAGCUGCCGCUGUUGUUGGUGGCGUUGUGGCCCAAGAAGUGAUCAAGGUAGUGACCAAAAUGGAGGCGCCUCAUCGUAAUCUGUUCCUAUUCAAUCCGGAAACAUGCAUGGGAUAUGUUGAGUCAGUUGGCGUUAAUUAAAAUCUCGUAA